CUUCCGAAGCUUGGCCCUCAGGGUACGGCUAGGUGCAUUAGCGGCCAUCUCGCUUUCCUCCAACCGCCCGUGCCCUGUCCCAUGAUGCAUGCAUGUGCUGCGAUGCCUACCGCUCUCCACCGCCUUGCUCUCGCCCUUUCGCCCCAACCGGCCCACGCUAGAACGUCAGCACUCGCCCACGAUUGCCUCUCGGAUGUACCUCAUCAGCAUAUCGCCUAGCACCGCCUCGGAAUGGCCUGUGCUCGCCCAUCGAGGCGGUCCCAGCGCCCUCAACCCCUCUCCCUCGUCCACGCCGGGGCCCGCAGAUUGCAGGCCUCUUAAAUACCAUCCGCAUUCCUCUGCUGCGCUCCCUUCCACAACAACCACACAUAAUCCCCUCGCGCUACAAAUCCCCCUUCGCGACCUCUCUCCCCCAAGUCUAUCUGCCUUUCAGCCGUAGACUUACUCUCGCUCCAAGCGUCUCGCUUUCACACUCGCUCUUAC